CUCCAAUCCCGUCCAUCUCCCAGAGUGCCUGGUAUCUCUACCAUCCCUUCCGCUCGUGUCUCCAUAUCUCCUGUGGCACCUCCCAAGCGCCACUUCAUGCUCUCUUUCGCUCUUGCAAAACUUCCGGUCUCUUCAACUCGCUCUACACCCGCAUCCACUCGAGCCGAGCCGAGCCCUCCAUGCUACCCGCCGCUUCAUCAUCCAAAGCCCUCGAAUCAUGGCAGUCCAUAGCGAAGCGCACACAGCAACAACGAGAGGCAACUAUCGCCGCCGUACAUCCCCCCAUACCAGACAUCCUCGACCUACCACUUGAUUCCACGCCAAUCCCAAAGACCAUUCUCACCCCGACUGAAAUCAGCAUCACAGAGUCCGACCCCGUGGACCUCUUAGCAAAACUUUCUUCCGCGUCCCUAUCCAGCGUAGACGUCACAAAGGCCUUCCUCCGUCGCGCCGCCCUAGCGCAGAAACUCGUAAACUGCAUCACGGAGCUGAUGCCGCAAGCCGCCCUCGAACGCGCCGGCUGGCUUGACUCCUAUCUCAAGCGGCACGGCAAGCCCAUCGGCCCUCUCCACGGCCUCCCCAUCUCCACCAAGGAAAUGAUAAACAUCGCCCGCCAAUCCUGCAACGCGGCCUUCAUAUCCUGGCAUGACCGCACGCCCACUGCUAAUGCGCACAUCCUUGACAUCCUCCUCGACGCCGGCGCCGUCCUCUACGCGCGCACCACCCAGCCUCAGACCCUCAUGCACCUCGAGACCUCGUCAAACUACUUCGGCGCGACCGUAAACCCGUUUAACCGCCUGCUCACCUCGGGCGGCUCCUCGGGCGGCGAGGGCGCGCUGGUUGGGAUCAGAGGCAGCUGUCUGGGCAUCGGGACGGACAUCGGAGGCAGUAUCCGCAGCCCGGCGGCGAACAACGGGGUGUAUGGGUUGAGGCCGACGAGUGGGAGGCUCCCGAUGCAAGGGAUGACGGCGACGAUGCUGAGCGCGGAGCACAUUCUCGCGGUGAUUGGGCCGCUGAGCACGAGUCUGGGGGGCGUGAAGGUUUUCACCAAAACGCUGAUCGAUGCGAGGCCGUGGGUGCGGGAGCCGGGGCUUGUGCCACUGCCGUGGAAGACAGAGGCGCAGUUCCCCGCGGGGAAAGAUGGGUCAGGGAAGAGGAUGCGGGUGGGUGUGCUGACAGACGACGGCGUGGUAAGGCCGCACCCCCCGAUCCUCCGCGCGCUGUCCGCCCUCGCAGAGAAGUUGAAACACGUUCCAGGUGUCGAGGUAGUGCCCUUCGCGCCGCUGGCGCACGAUACCGCCUGGACCAUCAUAUCCUCGCUGUACUUCGCGGACGGCGGCUCCGAGGAGAGCUCGGCCAUCGAGGCGUCCGGCGAGCCCUGGCGCCCUUUGUCAAAGUUCAUACUCCACGAGAACAAAAACGUGAAGAAGCUCUCCAUCGCGGAGAUGUGGGACCUGACCGCGCAGCGCGACGCCUAUCGCACCGCGUACGCAGAGCACUGGGAGGACAGCGGGAUAGACGUCCUCCUCUGCCCCGUCGGCCCGGGCGCCGCGCCCCAGCUCGACACCGCGCGGUACUGGGGGUACACUGCGCAGUGGAACUUGCUGGACUAUCCGUGCUUGGUCGCGCCAGUGUCAAAAGUGCUACCCACCGAUACCGUCGACGAGAGCUACGUCCCGCGGAACGAGGACGAUGCGUACAACCAUCUGCUGUAUUCGCCCGAGAAAUACGCCAAUGCGCCCGUGAGCGUGCAGCUGGUUGGGCGGCGGUACGAGGACGAGAAGGUGGUUGAGGCCUGGGAGUAUGUGCAGGGAAAGCUAGGGCUGCCGUGGGCGGCGUACGUGUAGACGAUGCCAUGCAUUUCCAUGUCCUCUAUCUUGAUGAUCAACAAAC